AUGUUAUCUCUCCCACCCAGAGAAGGAGGAGAUAGGUGGAUGACCUACUUCCCAUUGCUCCAUAAGUCCUCCUGUUACACGACGCCAUCUUCACAUCCCCUCUUCGUGAACCCUAAAAAUUUCGAUUUUGAGAUACAGCUGGAGAAAGAACUACUACACCCAAUUGCUUGUUGUGAGGUUCAAGCCCGAAAAAUGUGCUAAAUAUUAGAAAAUUAAUUAUGUUAACAAAGUUCACGGGAUGCUCAGGAGGAAUCAAGGAUUCUAACUACGGUUGCUGCUAUAACAGGUCACCUGAUCCCGAGGGUAAACUUCUUGAAGAAACAUUGGAUAUUUGGAUGCAAUUAGACAAAGGACAAUUGCUUCUUUUUUUGUUGAUGUUUAUCUAACAUGCCCAAAGUUGCAGGGAAGAUGCAAAUGUAAAAUAGGAGACAAAUUAAAGCUUCAAUAAUUUUAAAGGCAUAAAACCAUUCGGGCAUAUUAUGUGGUGUGAAUGAUGUGAAACAAAGUAUUCGUGAAGCCAGACACUCGGCUACAACUCGGUGAUCACCCAAUUGCAGCAAAUAGAUACACUAAGCAUACCGCUACUCUUUUGGAUAAAACGUAUCAAUAUUUGUAUGACUCUUUCUUUAUGAUUUUUAAGCUCUAAUAAAUUAUUUG